AUGAAGAGUAUAGAAGGUGGGUCGGAGAUGGUGUUAAUGGGGGCUACUGGUUUUUUUGUGGUGAAGAUGGUGUUGUUGGUGGAAAAAAGUGUAUCUGUGUAUGUGUAUGUGAAGUGUAUCUUUGUAUUUGUUUCUCCACUUGAUGUUCCUCCUGUUUUUCAUUGUAUGAGAGUUAUGGCAGUUACUAAUAACACCAAUCCUUUGGAUGUUAAUGAUGGAAAUGAUGAUUCAGUUGAAGAAAUUGGGUCGGAAAGUGUAUCACAAGGUGUUGAGAAUAAUGCAGCAUCCAAUGAUGUAUGUGUUGAGUUGCUUACGAAUCGGUUUCAUUCGAUGAAUUCUUUGGUAUAUGAUGGCAAGUUAUUUCAUCUUAGAUGUUGUGCUCAUAUUUUGAAACUGGUUGUACAAGAUGGUUUGAAACAAAUUGAUGUUGCGGUGGAGAAAGUUAGAGAUUGUGUGAAGUAUAUCAAGGGAUCUACACUAAGAAAAGACCGAUUUAUUCAAAUUUGCUUGCAAAAUCUUCUUGACUACAAAAAGGCUUUGGUUCAAGAUGUUCCUACUAGAUGGAAUUCCACUUAUAAGAUGCUUUCUUGUGCACUUUAUUAUCGUCAUGCCUUUUCUCAUUUGAGCUUGAGUGAUUCGAACUUUCAAACUUGCCCAUCCUCUGAUGAAUGGGAUAGAGUUAAGAAAAUGUGUAGUUUUCUUAAAUUGUUUCAUGAUGCAACUCUUCAGUUUUCAGGAUCUCUUUAUCCUACUUCAAAUUUGUAUUUCCCUCAAAUAUUUGGAAUACAUUUGAAGUUGGUUGAAACGAAAGACGGUCCUGAUAAGUAUAUGAAAAAAAUAGCUACUCAAAUGUGGAGUAAAUUUAGCAAAUAUUGGGCUAAUUUCAAUCUUUUGUUAGCUAUAGUUGUGGUGUUUGAUCCGCAAUAUAAGUUCUAUUUUGUUGAGUUUAGUUAUAAAAAGUUGUAUGGUGAAGGUUCAUCACAAUUGAAGAAGUUUGAGGAGGCACUUUUUGCAGUUUUUGAUGAAUACAUGCAAUCUUCUCAAGAAAGUAGUGUUGGAAAUGUUGGAGGUGGCAGUGGUAGUGGCGCAGUUAAUUCUCGACAAGCUAGUGUUGGAAAUGUUGGAGGAGGCUCUAAUCAUAGUAUUCUUGAGGAGUUUGAUGAAUACGAUAAUGAUGAUAUGGAUUCGAACAAAAAAAGUCAAUGCAAGUAUAUCUUCUUGAGCCAAGAACUAAAAGAACUUCUUCCAUUAACAUACUUGAGUUUUGGCAAUCCCAACAUAGCAUCUGAAUCAGCUUUUAGUCUCGGUGGAAGAGUUUUGAAUAAAUAUCGAAGUUCCAUGAAGCCUGACAUUGUUGAAGUUGUAAUUUGUAGCAGGGAUUGGUUGUUUGGAGAAAAAGUGGAUACUCAUGUUGAUAUCAAUAAACUAAUUCAAAACUUCAUGGAUAUGAACAUUGCCGAAGACAAAACAGAUGUUAUGAGUUCUAAUAAACUUUAA